AUGGAACAAGAUUUGCCCACCUUCAUCCACCCUUGCAAACUCCGAGGCAACUCUUCUGCAAGUUCUCGUCCUCUCAUUCCCGGCCCUGCUGGUGUUGUCCAGGCCGCCAUGAUUCAACGCAGCUCCACCACCGACGGACACCUCAUUCCAACCCAACAAUUUGUUAGGCGCGUCGUCGAAGACGGUCACGACACUUAUCCCGAUUUUCACUCCAAUGCUUGGCUUUCAGCCCUGCAAUUAGGCGGAUCUGCAACUCCUCUGGGUUCAAUCACUCACCAUCUAGAAAGGGUCGAUCUCAUCGUCGCAGUUAUCAAAUCAUGCACGCCAAACGGAUUCGGCGAUGUGUCAGUUACCCUGAAGGAUCCUACGGGCACUGUCGGUGCUAGUGUCCAUCACAAGGUUUUCACUGAAAGCGAAUUCGCGAAGGACAUAAAUGUUGGAUCUGUUAUGCUUAUCCAGAAGGUAGCUGUGUUUUCUCCUAGAAAAUCUAAUUGUUACCUGAACAUAACAUUGCCCAACAUAGUUAAGGUAUUCUCCAGUGACUGUGGACCUCCAUCUGAAACAUUCACCGACAUUACAGAAGAUUGAUUAAUGUUAUUUGGCUAAUUUUGAAUUAUUUGCAACUUUAAAAAAUCCUUGACCUGGAUUAUGUAGGCUAUGUUGCGUCCCUUGAAUUAUGUACGUUAUUUUGCUUCAAUUGGAUUAUGUGCGUUAUUUCACUUCCCAUUGGAUUUUGUUUGUUAUUUUACCUGAUUUAAAAAGAGAUAAAAAUGUAAUCAAAUCAAGUAAAGCGUGAUAAUGUGAAAUCCAAACUAAU